GCCAACCCCUUCUACCACCGCUACCGGGACAAGAUCCAGCAACUGCGCAGGUCUGACCCAGCUGCUUUUGAGUCGCGCCUGGAGAAGCGCAGUGAGUUUCGAAAGCAGCCAGUGGGGUACUCUAAGCAAGGUGAUUUCAUCAAAUGUAUGGAGCAGAAGACAGAUGCCUUGGAGAAACAGCCUAUGAGCAAAGGAUUCACUAAAAACAAGACUCUCAGUUCAAUUUUUAACAUUGAGAUGGUGAAAGACAAAACUGCAGAAGAAAUAAAACAGAUUUGGCAGCAGUAUUUUGCAGCAAAAGAUACAGUCUAUGCAGUCAUUCCUAAAGAGAAGUUUGAUUUGAUUUGGAACCGGGCUCAGACCUGUCCAACAUUUCUGUGUGCACUGCCAAGAAGGGAAGGUUAUGAGUUCUUUGUUGGACAAUGGACAGGUACUGAACUUCACUUCACUGCACUUAUAAAUAUUCAGACCCGAGGGGAUGCCGCAGCCAGCCAGUUGAUUUUAUAUCACUACCCUGAACUUAAGGAAGAAAAGGGCAUAGUGCUGAUGACAGCAGAAAUGGAUGCCACAUUUCUGAAUGUUACUGAGGCACAGUGCAUCGCCAAUCAAGUUCAGCUCUUCUAUGCCACAGAUCGUAAAGAGACCUAUGGGCUAGUAGAGACAUUUAACUUCAGACCAAAUGAGUUCAAAUAUAUGUCUGUCAUCGCUGAAUUGGAGCAAAGUGGACUUGGAGCAGAACUGAAAUGUACCCAGAACCAAGAUAAGACUUAGAACUAUAAAGGUUAGCCCUUCACAGAGUCAGCUCAGCCCCGGAUAGUGUAGAAAUCUCCCCUCCCAACUCAAGAGCUCAGCAUCUGUAAUGAGCAGUCUGUAUUGAGUUGCCCUUUGUGCUUACUGAAAGAAGUGAUCAUGGAGGGGCCGGGGAUUUAGCUCAGUGAUGCUGCCACCUGCCUUGCAAGCACAAGGUCCUGAGUUAAAUCCCUGAUACCAAAAAAACAAACAAAGAAGUAAUAAUGGAGAUGAGCCUUAAUACUUGAUAUUCAGGAGUAAAGGUACCCACAUAUUCUGAUAAUUACCUCUCAGUAUACUUGAGGUUUCCUUUUAAAUGUUUCUGGUCAAGAGUCAGCCAGGGAUCUGCAGAACUGUUCAUUUGACUUUCUAUAAUAUAGCAGUGCAGUUGCAUUUUGGCUGUUUUGACCAUAUAGCUUCCAGUUCUACAUCGUUAUAAACUUGAGACAGAAUAAUGUUAGAAGUCCUGCAGUAGUUAGAUGUGGGCUUUAUGAAAUCUUCCCAUGUGCCAAUCAGCUGGCCAAAGGCAUAAACCCAAUAUCCUGUUUAGACUCUAGAACAACAAGAUAUUCCCAUCAGGAUAAAGUCUUCAUCUAGAUGCCCCCC